CAGCAAUUGGAUUUUGGUUUCCUGCUUUAUAUAUCAUUUGCUGUGACGUGACUGGUAAACAACCAAGAACAUUAAAAGAACUGUGUGCAGGAGUUGGUGAAACAAAGGCAGGCGAGGAAAGAUACAAUCAGCAUCUAGAGUGGAAACAGCUGAAACUGAUUCAAACAUUUCUAACUCAUUCUGCAUCAUAAGAAAUUCAGCAUGUUGCACAACGUUGUCUCUUCGUGCCUCCUGUCUGCCUUUAUCAUGAUUUUGGUAUUAUGUGUGUCUAAUUCCAGUGGUAAGAAGCAAUUAUCAUUACAAUGAUUUUUUUUAAUUUUUAUUAUUACAACCAAUAUAUACCGGUAUAUGUUUUACUUAUUUGUUUGCAGAGAUUACAAUGUGACUAUUUUCAUAGAAAUUUAUAUGCAAGUCUUUGUUUAUUCUAUUAUUUUGGAUAAUGGCAAAAUUCUUUAAAUAAAUUAGAUCACAUUUUGCGAUUCAAGGGGUUAGUUAUUAAAAAAACAAGAGACUGCGAAUUGUAAAAAAAACUUGUCAGCACAGAAAAGUUGUAAUUAUUUCCUAAAUCAUUCCUUUUUUUAUCUAACUCUGAUUUACAAAUUUUAUAUCGCAGGUCUUGAUGCAUUUCAUUUUAUUUAUUUAUUGUUUAGUUUAUUACAUUUUAUGACAUUUUGGCUUCUUUGCUCAUUAACAUUGUUUAUUACAUUGUUGGAAAAGCUGUUGAGUUUGGGAUUUACAGUUUCUAAACAACACUAGCAGUCAUGACUUGGAAUUUGCAGCAAUCUGCUCCCGAAAGCAUUCACAGAUCACAUAACACAGACAAAGAUAUUUAACAAGUAAUCCAACAGAAGAGAUAACCAUAAUGUUUUAUGUCCACAUAAAAUAGACAGUUACUUUUUCAAAAAGUUCUGCAAUCUAAUGCACACUGAAAAAUAGAAAUAUCAGUAGUUUUAUCAUUAAAGCUAUUACUUGGAAUGUGAAAAAAAAAACUUUGAAAUAUCACUUACUAACUAUUUUUUCUAAAUGUAUCUUCUAAUCUUUUUAAUUCUUGUAUUUUCAUUAUAUGUGACAUCAUAUAUUUUUGUGCUGCAAAUUCAUAAUAAUUAUUAUAUAACAUUGUGUACAGUAGGUGCACAAGUACUCUAAUAAUAAUCCAGGAACAAUGCAGAUAAAAUAACAUGAAAAAUCUAUUAACCACUGUGGGUGCAGAAUAAAAGUCAUUUGAUACUUUCGUAUCAUCUAAAAAACAUGUGUGCACUAGUUUAGACUUAACAGUCAAAUGAUUGCUUCCAACUACAUGUGCAAUGUUUUAUUCACAGGACUAUGUUUAUUAGACCACUUUUGAUUUUGUGUAUGAUGCUAAUCUUCAUUUGAUCAAUGGUUUUGUAUCUAUCUGCAGAAGCUGAAUUGCGUUGUCAGUGUGCAACAACAUCAUCAGACCUUGUGCACAAGAAACAUAUUGAAAAAUUUGAGAUCAUCAUCAGUGGUCCUCACUGUCCAAGAAAUGAAAUUAUGUAAGUAUUUAAUGACUCUUGGAAUACUGAACUAUUUGUGUUUUUCGUUCAAUAAUUACCAAGUCCUAGAACACAAUAUUUUUGCGUUACGUUAGCAGAGUUACCAUCAUAUCAGCCUAUUUCCUGAUACUGCUCCACUUAGAAAAUACAUAACCUUAAUUUGCUAGUAAAUUAAGCGGACACACAGCCUGCAGUUGACACCUCCUGCCUUAGAAGAAUAAUAUAGGCACCAAAACCACAUCUUCUCAAUGAAUUGGUCCGGUGUGCCAUGUCCUCCCUGUUUUAUCCCUGCAGCUAAAAACAAACGUCACUGUUCUGCAGCAACAGCAAUGUUUUCUUUACAAUGUUUAAAUACCUCUAGGUGCUGGCACUCAGACAGUCAUUAGUGAUGUUUUCGAUUAAAUAGCAGCGUAAAACUCUGUUAUUUCUAUCAUACGUACAGUAUGAUUGAUCUGGUUAGCACAGUGAUACCUUUUGAUUCACUAGCCUCCCAAUGUUUUCCGCAAAGAAAGUAUUGGAUUGGCUCAGAUCAUAAGUCUCAAUGAUCUCAGCCAAAGAAGUGGUGUUGCAUACCUGAGUCCAGCUUUGCCAGGGAGUAGACAUAAGUAAACUCACCUUUUUAACACUUGCAGUGGGGGAGGUUACCUAAAAGAUUACUAGGGCACUAUAGUGUCAAGAAUCCACACUUCUAUUACUACUGCUACAAUGUUCCUUUUUUAUUCACUUUUUAAAAACAUAGGAUAUCAACUUCACACAGCUCUCAGAGGGAGUGCUGAUCAGAUUAGUAUCUCGGCACUAAAUCAUCAGUUACAUUCAUGUCAAGAAAUUAAUGAAACACCACUCCAAAUAAUGAAUUUACUAGAUUGCAACAUUUGCAUUUUGUUCAUCAAAUUAAACAGACGAAUGGCAGUUACUGAAUAUAAAAAUGUUUGACAGUAAUAUAACAAAUGUAUUACAUUUUGUUUUAGUGUUAUUUUAAAGAAUAAGAAGCAGUAUUGCCUGGAUCCAGAAGCUAAACGAGUAAAGAAAUUGAUGAAUGCUCUUAAGAAAAGGUAUCUCUCUACAAUUUGAAUAGUCUAUGAUUAUUUAUUAUUAUUAUUAUUUAUAUAGCAUCAUCAGAUUCCUGUACAAUGGUAAUCUGGAUAUGUAUGAAUGUGGGUUUAUUGCCUAGACAUAGUGAAUGUUCUAUAAUUAAUAAAAUGCUUAAUAUAGAAGUGAAAUGUUGAUGCAAUAAAUGCAGAAAGGAAACAAAAAUUAGGACGUAGUGGCAUGUUAUGCUCCUAAAAUAUGUAAUUUGAUAGCUGUCAAACAAUCUCAAUUCUGGCAGAUUUUAACCCAGAUUAGUAGAUCUAUAUAAGAUUAUGUUGCAUACAUGUUGAUUCCUUUGCAAUUCUAUUGAUUCAUGUAACAAUCUAGAUACUAAGAAGAAAUGUAGUGAACGAUCGUCCUAUUUAAACACAAGUUAUGAGGCACCUAUGUUAGGGAAUGGUGUUUAUCCCAGAAGCUUGUUGACUAAUGUAAACAAGUGAAAUGAUGUCAAUGCUUAACAGCAAUAAGCAUUGCAAUUAUCUGUGAUGUGUAUUAAUUAUAUGAUUCUACCACAUAAAUCAACAGCAAUUGGUUUCAAAAAUUAUAAACACAAGUGCCCGUGUGACAAUAGCAUGUGUUUGCAUGAUAAGAAAACUUACUAUCUUUUUAAAUGAUAUCAUAUAUAAAAAAAAUAAAAAUAAAAUAUAUGAAAUAUAUAAUAAUGGUAAAAUAGUAAUAUCAAUAGUAAAAUAUUACAAUAUUUUUCAAAAUAUUAAGUUAUUUUAAAAGUAUAUCCAAAAUAUUAAAUUGAGGCCUUAUUUGGAAGUGAGACUCUCACGUAAAACUUCCUCAGUUAUUCCUAUACCACAGUCCAAUGCAUUAAAUGUCCAACAUAUACCCUAUUUUGCUGCCACAAAUGGGAAAUUUAUCUGUGGGCAUCACCUCCCACCUAUUUAAAUAAACAAAACAAAGCUACUGUGUAAACAAAUAGAAAUUACAGAUAAAUUUAAUUUACUCAUCUGAGUGUUUUCCAUCAUUGAAUUUAGAUGACUUGCAUAUGCUUGAUUAGCAAUAUAGGUGAAUAUUAUAUAUAGUUUUUUAUAAAUGUAAAUACAUGUAUUAUGAUGAUUAAAGAUUGUGGGUUAUCCUUUUAAAAGGUUCGUUGUAAAGCAAACUCUUCCAUCAAAAAUUCUGUUUUCCAUUUGUUAAGAUGCAUAGCAGGGAUACACAAAUCAAAGUGACUCCAUGCUGUGUCUGCUAUAUGACCUGAUGUGUGUACUGUUUACUUUACAGUUAACACUGUCUAAGGAUACCACUAGAAAUUAUCUGCCCGGAACCAACAAGUAGUUUCAAUAAAAAUACUAUACUGUUAAACAUAUUGAAUUGUACGACAUAUUGUCCUUUUUUGGCAUAUAUAAGAGAGAGAGAAAAUCCAGGAAAAUAAGGGUAUUUUCUUUCAGAAUAUCAAAUGUAUACAAAAUUAAAUAUCUUAUUAUAAUAACCAUGUUAUUCUUAAUGUAAGUAAUUUUCCAUAGAUCGGAAUUUGGAAAUUGUUUAUGGUCCUAGAUAAUAAGUUUGGAAAAUUUACAUCAAUAUAUAAAGGUUUCACUUACACGAACCUUUGUAGAUAAUAUAUAAAGAAUGGAUUGUGAUUUAAUUGUACAAUAGCCAGCUGGACUAACCUUGCCUUUUUUUUUUCUAUUUUUUUUCUAAAUUUUGUAGGCCAUUUUCCAGAAAUUGCAGAAAUAGCUCCUGUGCUCCUACAUGGCCUGACAACAUUAAUUUGUAAACUUAAUUUUUGUAUCAACUGUACUACAGAUCUGGCAUAUUGAAUACAAAUGACUGUUUAAAAAUACAGAAGAACAAAUUAUGCUUGGUGUAAUAACUGGUCCUUUUACGUAGGAUGAUAUCAAAGCAAGAAAUGAAAUAAUAUUUUAUUUCUGUGUAUAUGUAUGAAUGCAUCCGAUAUUCAUGGUGCGAUGUGUAAGUGAUUUAUAGAGUAAGAUCUCAUUGCAGAAGUCGAAGUGUGUUGUCAUUGUAUAAAAUCAGUCUAUUUUGUAGUGUUGAAAAUGGCAUACAGUGUUCUAUUUUAUUUUUAUAAUGUUUAUAUUGUAGUGUAAAACAUGUAUACUAUGUUUUAAUAUUUCAAAAUGAAAUGUUUUCUUUUUUAAAUUUCAUACAGGUUUUAUUGCAAUGUCUUGUAAUAUAAAAACAGAUCAAGUAAAAUGCUUAAAAGGUGCAGACACUGUUUACAUGGAAGGGUUAAAUACAUCUCUAAUGGCUGUUGGUAGGACAGCCACUAGAAACAUUUUCGCAGCACUGACAGAGUAAAACCCGGUCACGUGACGCAGAACCCCCUAAAGGAAAGUAUUCGUUUAAUGCUUUCCUGUAGGGAAGCUUGAAUGUGUGUACAGUGAUUGUUGUGCAUGCACAUUAGGUUUGCAAUGCUUCUCUAUGAGAGGCAUUGGAUUGGACCAAUGAGGAGGAGGCUAUGACUCCUCCGUGACGGUGUGGAAGGCAGAGAGGAAAGCAGCACUGAGGGAGCCCCAGCACUAUAAGUUAAGUAAAAAAAAAAGUUACUUUUUUUUUUUUUUUUUAUUACAAAUGGGUUGGGGCAUUUCUGUAAAACAAGGGAGAGGGACACUAUAAUAUUAGGAAUAUAGGGUUUGUAGUGUUCCUUUAAUGCAAAGUUAUGUUUAUUGUAAAAGGCCUUACUUUGCUGAGACGCCAUUUUAUUUUUUUAAUACACUUUUUAAAGGAUAUCAUAAAAUAGUAAUAUCAAUAGUAAAAUAUUAUAAUAUUUUUCUAAUUAAAUAAUUUUAAAAGUAUAUCCAAAAUAUUAAAUUGAGGUCUUAUUUGGAAAUUAGACUCUCACCUGAAACUUCCUUAGUUACUCCACAGUCCAAUGCAUUAAAUGUCCAACAUAUACCCUAUUUUGCUGCCACAAAUGUGCAAUUUAUCUGUGGGCAUCACCUGUGGGCAUCACUGUGUACUGUUUACUUUACAGUUAACACUGUCUAAGGAUACCACUAGAAAUUAUCUGCCCGGAACCAACAAGUAGUUUCAAUGAAAAUGCUAUACUGUUAAACAUAUUGAAUUGUACGACAUAUUGUCUUCUUUUUGCAUAUAUAAAAGAGAGAAAAUCCAGGUAAAUAAGGGUAUUUUCUUUCAGAAUAUCAAAUGUAUACAAAAUAUUUUUAUUAUAAUAAUCAUAUUAUUCUUAUUGUAAGUAUUAGUAAUAUUAAUAUGAGUUUUAUUAUAAAAGUGCAUGAACACAUGUUUAAUAGUUCACAUAACAUGUUCAUGCACUAGUGUGUGAGAGGAGGUCUCAUUAAAGGGGCACAGAAACAACUUUAGUGUAUCUUAUAGCUUUUAUGCUCCAUAGCAGGCUGUGUGUUCGUUCUAAAAUGUGCAUAUUUUGAAAAAAUACACUAAAUAAAUGUUUUGUUUAACUCUGUCUUACCAUUUAAUAAAAUGUUAUAAAUCAUUUGAGGUAACUGUCUGCUUUUAUGUGGUUCUCCAAUUUACUUUACAUUUAUAUUAAAGAGCUCUAUAGGGUCAGGAACACAAACCUGUAUUCCUGACCAUUUAGUGUUAAAGAAAAGUAUCUAGCCCCCCUGACUCCUCCACUUGCACCCUUAAACAUGGUAAAAUCUUUCCUUUAUUCCAGUCUGCUGGUGCUGGCUAUCCUGCUGAUCUUCCUCCUUGGCUGACAUAAUCAGAAGUGGUAAUUUCAGCCAAUCACAAUGCUUUCCCAUAGAAAAACAUUGGAUGUUGUCAAGAAGGCAGAUCCAGCACAAGCCAAACACAGCCCUGGCCAAUCAGUAUCUCUUCAUAAAGAUGCUUCAUGCAGGAAGCAGUCUCUUACAACCAUAAUGCUGGCUAAGAAUCAGGGUAGAUAUAGCCCACGACAUCUGGAGAGCCACAAGUUACCUACCCAAGUUCGUAUACAGUGAUUAUGGCAACUCAGAACCAUAGGCUGUUGUCUGCAUGCCAUAACACUCAGUCUGCAUUACUUUGAAGCGUGGAGGGGUGGAUGAAGAUCUGGAGGUGAUACAAUCUGGAAUUGGGACUGCCUCUCUCUGCUGGCCAGCAUGUGGUGUUGGUUAAAUCUUGCAUAAUGCCCAGUGUUUUGCUUGUGACAUGUCUCACUCGUGUUUCAUAGCGCCCAGUGUUAUAGUACCAAUUAUAACUGUUCAAUGUACUGCUUACUUCUACUCACAUUUUUACAUGAUUGCAGUCCUGGGUCAUAUUCCAUUAGUAUCACUUUAUUGUGUUAUCGCUAUUUACUUAAUGUCUCUGAGUGAUGUGAUGCUAUAUGUCUUACCUAGGCAGUGUACAUUUUCCUAUCGUUUAUUGUUAUAUUUUACAUUAUUCAAUUAUGCUCUCAUAUUAAGGAGUUGUUACCACAGCACUUCUGUUGAUUAUACUUAUGUCAUAACUCCUUUUUCAUUUAUUUCUGUAAUGUUUCAUUAAUUUGCCUCAAUAAAAAGAAAGAUUGACAAAACAAAAAUGUUUUAGUCCAUGCAAGGACUUUUAUUGAGAUGGCAAAAAAUGUCUACAUCAAUUGUGGUACACAGCUGAUACAUAGGUGAAAAAGGCUGUCAUUAUUUGCAAAAAUAUCAAACAUUAUAAUAAAGAAGAGUGCAAUAUAACAAACAAUUGAAUAAACCAAAUGUGACUAAACCAAAACCUACAGUAGAUAUGCUGAUUCUGCAGAGACAUGUGAAAUAGUGCUACAGUAGGGUACAUAGUAGAGUCAUAAACUAUUAGGGAUGUGCAUGGGCAAAAAAUUUGGUUUGGUUCGGCACUUCCAAAAUUCGGGACUUUGGCAAUCCGGGACUUCGGUUCAGUUCGCCAAUCUGAAAUUCUGGACUUUGGCAAUUCGGGACUUCGGCACUUUGGCAAUUCCCUAACCUAUCUCCAACCCUAACCCUACCCCUAACCCUAGUAGGGGUGGGGUUAGAUUCCUGUCAUAAUUCCCUUAAUUUUCCCCUCCCUCUCCGGUUUUGCCACUUUUCAGAAAUCCGAAGCACUUCAGUGUCACGGCAAGGGUGUAUAAUUUAUUAUUACACUAUGGAAUAUCCUCCUUUAAUGUAAUUUGUGUAGUAAAUGGCACAAAUUACAGAGAUGCUAUUGCUGAGGUCAACAGGGGUUACAUCUUUUGAAGCUGGGACCCCCACAGAGGUCAGAUGACAGAAGGGGUAGUAUGAAUGGCAUAGGAAUGUGAAAAGGAUUUUACUAUAUGGAUGUGAAGUAAUCAAGGCUCUGCAAGGUGUGAGGUUCUACACUUGGAAAAUGUCUGAAUGUCUCUUUAUCCAUUUGGCAUGUACCUUGUAAAGGAUAGUUCAAUCAUUUGAAAUGGUAAUGGGAUUAGUUUCAUGAAGAUCCUUGUGUUCCAGUAUCUUAUCCAAGUGAAACAUUAAUACUUACCCACAGGUUAAUAAUUAAGCCUCAUUUUUAGUAUAUUUGGAAUGGGACAAGCCCAAUCUUUUAAUUAAGCCUAAACAUGAGUUGCACAACUUAAAACGUGUGGCAGGACUUGUGAUGUCUGUCCUAUUGGAUUGUGGGCGGGGCGUGCAACAUGUCUUUAGAAUGGGAACACAAUAACAAAUUCAUAGAGGCAAUUAUUAUUUCUGUGGCAAGUACAGUAGAGGAGAUAAAACCAAAAGUUUGUAUGUGGCUUGUUUUCUGGAACAAAGGAGGUGGUCACUUAGUAUCCCUAUUGCUCCACCCCUGGGUGAGGCGUGGCAAUUCACAGGGUAUAUCUCCUUUGAUCCUGAAGGGUGUUUGUGCACUUGCUUGGGGCCAAGAUCUAAUUUUGAGUGAGCCACCAUCUUUCCUUGCCAGAGACCCCCUGGACAGAAGUUGUACUUUGAAAACCUAAGUGAGUAAUUAGGACUUCUGUAUUUUAUCCUUUUUGUUUUUAUCUGUUGUUGGUGUUAAUAAUUUGUUUAUCGUAUAUUUGUAUAUGCACUGUGACC